AUGGUUUUAUUUGUUGGUUUUUGCAAACUUCUGUUGCUGUUCAAAAUAAUAAUUAUAACUACUGAUGUCGCCAUUGCUAAAAAUGAUCCAAACUGUGGUAUCAAAGGUCCUAAACCGAUUCCUGAUUUACUUUCAUCUUUAAACAAUUUUCGUAUUAUUGGAGGUGAGGAUGCUCUUCCCGGAGAAUUUCCUUGGCUGUGUUCUCUUCGUAGUAACAACAAACACCAGUGUGGCGGCUCUAUUAUCAAUUCCCAAUUUAUUGUAACUGCUGGCCACUGUAUCGCUCCUGUUUAUAAUGAUGACAAUCUUGAAGUAGUUUGCGGAACAAAUACGAUUUCUCCAUCUAACACAGAAGUUCGAGCAAAAGUUGUCAAAAAAUUUCUUCAUUCUCAUUUUGUUUUUCCUCAAAACGACAUUGCAUUGUUAAAACUUGACCAUAGUCUUGACCUGUCACUUCCCAGACUUGGCAGUGUUUGUUUACCUGAACCAAACGAGCCGUUGAGUGUUUUAGAAG